CCCUUCCUGAUUCUGCUUGUCUCCCACCACCACGGCAACGAGUACGCCUACGAACCACACCAAAUCCGCAGCAGAAUUGCUUGCUGCUCGCACAUUACAGAAUUUGCACACAAGCAAUAAACCCCGAAUCUUUGUGUCCCUUUCAACGGAAUUUUUUUUAACUCUUUCUUGCCCUUUCUUUUCCUUAUUGCUUGUGCAUUUCGUGUCGAGGGCUCUCUUCCCACCUUCUCGCCAUUUUAUUUAUAUAACCAAAGACCCGCACGGUCCCCACCUGGAGAGAGAUCCUACUUUGAUUCUCCCUCCCCGCCGCCCCGGGCUUGGUUUGGUCCGUUCACAAUCCCUCGUCGUCGUCACUUAUCGCCCAUCAGUCAUCAUCCCAAGCUUGCUCUCCUCUCCUCUCCACUUCUCCCCCCCCCUCCCUUCUCCCCCUCGCCCUCUUUUCUCCUCACUCAUCAUCACCCAUCCCUAACUUACCCUCUUCCCUCCCCUUACCCGCUACUCUCUCAAGACGCACUCCCAGUCCUGGCCCUUCCCAAUCCUCCACUCCUCCACCCUUGUCAUACUCUUCUCGUCAAUCAAUUGAGAGACCCUCUGCGAAUCCUUUCGUGGGUCCGCCUUCUCCUCCAGAACACCCAGUUUCGUAUUCUUCUUAAGAGAAAGCCACACCCCAUCCGUCCAUCCACCCACCCACACAUCUUCGCACCCGACCAUCCAUCACCACCGCAUCAGAAAACCGGCAACUGGCUUGGGUUCUGGACAGCGCAUCCGCUACCUUGCCGCCCACUGCCUCCCACCACCACCUCCCACCCUUCCAAACCGUUAAUAACGGUCGACACCGAUACGCUCCCUUAUCCACCCUUCUCGUUUGCUACCGCAGACUUGUGUUUGUAUCAUAUAAGCUCGUCGUCGACCGCUGUCGCCCGCCCGCCGUCUCUAAUCGAUAUCGUUGACGAUACCGGAAUCUCGUUAUCGCUAUCACCCCUAACUGCCAACAUAGUGCGAUAAUAAGGACGGUGCCCUCUCCGCCCUCAGCUCAACCCUCCAGGCAACCACAAGGCAACCAUAAUGACGAACAACUACCAGCCUUAUGUUGAGGAUUAUAAUUCCGAACUCUCGGAAGCGGUCCCCGUCGUCCCCGUGAGACGCCAAACAACAAAAAGACCCUCUGGUUUAAAUAAAUCAUCAACUGUAGAGGAAGUACCGGAGCCGAGUUACGAGGGGGUUUCUGAUUCCGGAUACUCGUCUCAUUCGGUAGCGAGCACACCCAUCACAGAGACACCACCACCCCCAAAGGCCCCAACACCAGCACCAGUACGAACACAUCAGCCUAGCCGAUCAUCGUCGGGUCCAAUACCGUCCAACCGGCCUUCAAGCAAAUCCUUCUCUCGUACUGCUUCACCUGCGGUUCCUCGGAAUAUCUCUAACACUAACUCUGCCAGCUAUGGGUAUUCGAGCAGUUAUGGCGCAGGGAGGGAGAGUCCGCCGGGUGGAGGAUCUUCGGAUUGUGAUUGUCCGGAUUGUGGGAAAACUCCUUCGAAAUCGUCGCCAACAAUUUCCAGUUCAUCCAGUGCAACCAGCGGUGCGUGGCCCAUCCACCACCAGCAGCAGUCGCCCUCGUAUCAUCACUCAUCGCCGUACGGACAAUCACCAAGCUACCCAGGAUACCAUUAUCCCAAGUGCUAUGAUGGAUGUAAUACACCCACAGAUAGUGCAAUUUCCGAUUCCAGCGCGGGAGCGAGUACGAGUCGGAGAAGCAGAUCGUCCAUGCCUCCACCACCACGACCGCAGUCGACGUUUGCAGGUUCGACGACAACAACCUCAACUCAUAGUUCAGGAAGCAUCCCAUGGUCCCAUACUAGCGGUUACCCUUCCGCAGGCUACUUCGAUGUCCAUUCCUCCACAUCUGCGAUCCCACCAGCUCCAUCAACCACCUGCCCACCUGGGUAUGGGUCAUCAAUGUAUGCACCUCCACCAUUGAAUACGUCUAUCGCUGCACCUCCACCACAAUCGUCGUCAUAUUCAGACUCGCCCUAUGCUCCCCCAUCGGUACCGAACUAUGGAUAUCCUCUAGCAACUGACUACACAGCCCCUGAUUAUUAUGGCCAGAAUACAGCUCCAUCGACCCCUAACUCAUCUCUUCCUCCAUCAGAUUAUCGAGAUGGAUAUAGAUCAUCAGAGUAUAGUGCGAUGCCCCCUCCUCCUCCGAUUGUGAACCGUCGGAGCAGCAUGAGGGCACAGGCAAAUGCUGGUGCUUCCGCCGACUCGUCACCUGAUUAUACUCACUCGGUACCCUAUCACCCACAAAGACGAAUGAGUACUCGUGCUCACGGUGGUGAGAGGCCUCCAUCUUGGUACGGCCAAAGCCAACAGCAGUACCAAGAAGCACCUGAACGGAGCUACUCCGUUCCUCCAACAAAAACCAGCGCCCCUACUGAGAGUUCUCGACGCAGGGGUGCUACCCCACAGCCGAUCCGCAGAAGAGAAAGCAACAACUCACAAGGGACCUCGGGCUCUCAUUCUGCCAGGCUGGGUCCUUCUGCACUUUCGAGGUCGCUGGAAGCCUGCACUAUUGAUGAUCGUGCACCACGGUCAUCUCAUCACCGCCACAGCAGCGGCGGCCAUCACUACGACACUCCUCACGCAGUAGCCCGCCGUGAGCCAGGCACUAUGAUGCAAAGCAGUCAUAGCAAUAGAAGUAGUGACUCUGGUAGCAGUAGUAGUGGCCAUGACGGGAGAGAAGAUCUGGUACAACUUACCGUACCAGAUUCCGACGAACCAUUCACAAUGAGGUAUCCUGCGGGUAUCCCGGUGAAGCUGCAAUUAAAUGGUGGGACUUUCCAACAGAUCCUUUCUUUGGGCCGCAAGAGCAAGAACGUGAAUAUUGAGAAUCCUAUAGCAUACAGAUAUGUUCAGCAGAGACAGCAGCAAGUGCACGCCCAGUUGCAGUAUGGGGCUGGUCAACUUGAUCAUAGCGAUCGACGGACAAGUGCCGACUAUCACCACCGGUCCAACGGUUAUGCUCGCAGGGAGAUGGCCGGUGUUUGAGUUAACUACGAUCCGUCUAUUGUCGGAUGGGGGCAAUUGUUGGCUGCCUGAACGGAUGACGACCUCGCUUUGUCUUUUUCAGUAACUGUGACGUAAAGCACUGUUGCUGGAUCUUGACGAGCAAAGAAGCCCUAGCAACCACGACAUCAAUAGACAAUGAUGAACGACGAUUUGGACGAGAAGAUUUCUUUUGUGCUUUAGUCUCAGCUAGGGGCGAAGCUUUAGUUCCUAUUUUACGCGUGAGAUGGCUCUUAUGCUCCUUAAGUUUCCUCUUUUUUGCUUAUUCCGCUUCUUCGCUUUCGGGUGGUGGGCACGCUAGCUUUGACUCAUCUGUCAGUUGCGGUUACCACACUUUUUUUAUUCAUAGGCACGGCAUAUGGUGCCUUUUUGCUUUUGUGUUAAUCAUUCACCAUAUUAUAUUCUUAUCAUUUGGGCCUUUUUUUUUCUCUUCACUAUACCUUUUAUUAUCACUACAAUAUGCUGGCGGCCAUUUUUAUUGCUUUUUGUCUUGGUUUCCUUCAUGUUAUUUUAUUUGGUUGACUUGGACGCCUCGAUAUCCGGCCUUGGCACAAAAGCUGCUGGUUUCUGGGUAUGGGGACGGGCUACAAAAUUUCGGGCUUCGGCUUUUUCUUUUCCUUCUCUCCCCCUAAUCCUUCUCCUAUGUCUGUCAAUUGGGGGUGUUUUUGGCUUUUUUCGGGUCUUUGUUUUCUUUCAGUCUUGUUCCUCUUGAGAGCUUUUUUGGGCAGGUGCUCUUCCCGGUAUCCCCCUCAUCAAGUGAGGGAUGCUAAAAUUUUCAUGGCUUUUGGAGUGACUUUUCUUUUUCGAAUUUGCUUGUCACAAUAUCUUCUGUUUUUCUUGGGACAUCUCGACUCGAGAAAGAGGUACCGGUAGACGGAUGGAUAGCAAGAACUUCGCACUUUUAAAAAAGAAAAAGAAAAAACUUGUCCAGAUGGGGUGUGAUUGAACCCAUCUCACAAGAUUUUAUUACUUGGAUGGAUGGAAUUGAAUAAUUUGGAAAUUUUCGCAUAUACUCUAAGAAUUCUUAGUCUAUCUACCCAAUCUAGUGAUUUCUUUUCUUUUCUUUCUACCUUCGUUUCCUAUUAUCUGAUGCUGCGAGUUCGUUUUGGUGCUCGCCCCUUUUUUCACCUUCACGAUGUUUACGAAGUUACGAAGUUACGACACCACGACCUUACUCCACUCUGCUUUUUUAUUUAUUUAUUUUUUUAAUAUUCUUUUUAUUCCAUUGCAGAGCUGCCCACGAUGGAUUUCUUUUUCGAGUGAUAUCGGAGUACAGUACUGUUCUACGUUAUUCGACUGCUCUUGUAUCAUACUAUAUUUUUCUACCGGAAGGGAGGCGGGAAGAAACCCCUGCAGAGUUAUUUCUAUGAUCUGGUGUUGUAUUAGUUAGCAUUCCCCUUCAUUCCUUUUGUCGCCUACAGCACCACCACACUAACCACUCAUUCUUCCCUACUCUCUUCUACCCCAUUCUUCGUGCGUGGGCUACCGCAGAACGGGUCACGAGCAUUCGUUCACUCAUUCAUUCGCGUCUAUCAUACCUGUCUGCAUGUAUUCCGCUUAAAUCUGCUCCUGAAGAGUGUGGUGUUGUACAAAUGAAUCUAUUCAUCUAUUGAAAUGAGCAAUACGACAUCUACUUUACCAGCUUGACAUAACACAGAUCGCUGCAUAAGGGAUGAAAGCAGAGAGGUGGGAUAUGCCCUGAUGGGGUGUUGGUUUAGCGUAUCGUCUAUAGUGGGGUACCGUGGGCGGGUCGGGAAAGAAAGGAGCACACUUUGCGAGUACAUAAGUUAGCUAACCAACUGGGAGGGGGGAAGAGGGAACUGCGCGGAUAUGGUGCAGCCACUUCGUGGCAAGAGCGGUAUUGCGGUUUUGUGGAGGUUGGGGUGGGAGGUUGGGUCAGGGAUAAAAAAUAGGAAGCUGUUGCGAUUGCUUUCUUUCCUUUAGGUCAGGGU